UUAAGGGGAGAUAACUCGCAACAAGUGUGAGGGCGGGACGACGUUUGACGACGACGGUUGUUAUCGGCUAUCUCGUGCAGAGAUCUUCCGUCACUUUCCCCCGGAGUCAUUUACAACCAUCGUGGCUCCCGUUUUGAUAAAAUGGGAAGAAAGAUUAAAGAACAACUGCCAUGUAAGAACGAAUCUAAAGCCCAAAUUGGAUGUAGGGUGCAGUCCAACGAAGAUAUUCAAUGAAACAAUGAAAUACCUAAUCCAGGUCUUGAAUGUCAGCUGUAAAAUCUUAGUGACGGAAGAGAAAGACCUGCAACGAUCAGACAUGGAGUUGAUAGGUCAGUAGAUAGCUCACAUGGCAUUCAUUUAAAUGUGUGAUCAGAAAAGAAAAAUAUUCAACUAUUAUUGUGCUCCAUAGCAAGAGCUGGAUUGGAUUGCGUAUUAACAAACUGCUUUUCAAAAAGUCCAUGUCAUUUUAGUAACACAUCUUGAUGUCAUAAUGAGUGAUUACACAAAUAAAAAUGAUAAAGAUCAUUGUGUGGAGGAAACAACAGCAGCUAUGGCUCAUAAACAAACCAUGCUAGCCAUUCCUGUCCAAGAUGAUGCCAGAUUGAAGCAGCCAUUGGUACUGCUCAAUGGAGAUGGAGUUUAUCUGAACUAUCGCAGGCUUCAAGAUCUGCCUGUUCAACUUUUUGAACCUGACACAAGUGUUGCAGUUCGUCGAAUAUAUCUGAAACACAACCUUCUGCAUACUUUGACACCUCAGAUUAAGACACUCCAUCAUCUUACUGAAAUAUAUUUGAAUAAUAACAGUCUACAGACAUUGCCAUCAGAACUGUUUGAGCUUAUAUCUCUGGAAGUACUCUCAGUCAGCGUCAACCAGUUGACUUGCCUGCCAUCACAUGUAGGGAAUCUGGCAAAUCUGAAGAGGUUACAAUUGUCUCAUAAUCAACUUUCAUCUCUGCCAUUAGAGAUUGGUCAACUAAACCAUUUGCAACACUUGGAGGUCAGUAACAAUCGACUAGAAUGGCUCCCCUCUCAGCUGGCCAGCUGUACCAGACUUCAGCAGCUCUCUCUUGACCACAAUAUACUGCAGUCUCUUCCCAGGGAGUUUUGUCAUCUUCAGCAGUUGACAGAAAUCUCUGCCAGUGAUAAUGCCCUUGUGUGGCUACCUUUAGAUCUGGGACAACUUUCAGAACUACAGGGUAUUUAUGUAGAUAACAAUCCACAUCUCACAGCCAUGCCUGCCAGCACUCUGCAUAAGAACAUUGGGUUUUUCAGAUCUGGAAGAGAAGGAGUUCCUGAGAAGAUGCUGAAGAAACUACUGUCGGUCACCAUUCACAGCUUGGAAAAUGAGGUAACAAUUGCUCUGCCUGCAGAACUUCGAGCGGUGGGGAACAUGAGCAGUGACCGUGUUCCUCUGCUGCUAGAACUGAGUCUAGCAGCAGCACACACAGCAUUAUGUCAAGCAGAAAAAGGUCAGAGUCUCAAAGAUGAGAUUCCACUCCAGUUACUCUCUCAUCUGACUACACCUACAGCCCAUUGUCAGCAGUGCCAUCGCCCUAUCUUUGUGUAUGGUUUUCCAAUAGUGUUCCGGGCUCAGGUUCAGGGUAGUGACCUUCCUCUUCUGGGGCUCUGCUGCACAGCAGCAUGUGUGCAUUUGUGCUCCCGUGUUGUCCAUCUGCCACUGAUGUUCCCUAGGCUGGAGGACUUAGCCUUGGCUAUUGUACUUGCCUGACAACUUUUUUUAAAAAAACAGGAUAAGCUUUCCUGACAACUGUGCAAUAAUAUUAAAUCAGUCUUAUAGAAUGCUUGUUAAAGAUCUUACAAGUUUCAGUCAAUAUUUUGUUUAAUUUUUGUAUAUUUUUAUGCAAAGUGUGCCCUAUAAUCUUAUAUUUCUAACAGUGUUACCACAUCAGGCAGGAGAUUGGUACUGUUAGAAAAUGUCAAACUCUACCCAAUAAUUUAUGGGUUGAAGACAUUUCUUGACUGUCAUGAUGAAUUCGUAAUAAAGGUGCUUGUGCCUUUGAA